GUUCUCCCCCAGCUCCUCUCGGCUAUAAAUAGCGCCUCGCUGCUGAAUCGCCUUUCACCUGCAAGUUGCUGGCAGUUUAAGUUAAAUAAUGAAUAAACUUUUAAAAAUAAAGCCGGCUGCUUAAGCUGGAACCCGCGAACGUGCAGUCAUUCUUGACCCUGUUAACACGGGCAGCACGAAGAGCAAACCCCAAUCCACGCAACGAUCACGCUUCGUUCAUCCAACCCUCCAGCGCCGAGAAGCAACAAAUACCUUCCGGUUUAUGGAACAUAUUUUUGAGUUAACUCACCGCUGGGAGCACUGAAUUCAAACCGAUCCCAUAAAAGUGGCAGGGACUUCUGAUUUUUCUUUCUUUCUUUUUUUCCUGCCGGAGCUAUUUUACGCGCGAAGAGGUAGCGUUUGGAGGCAACCGGCGAGUCGCCCGCAAGUGCCCCUCGAGGAGAAAAAAAAAAGUAGAAAGCCACGGUAGGGAAGAGUCGCGCGCAACACAGCCAGAGAAGAGAAGCGAGAGAGAGCGAGCGGUCGACCGUUGCGAACCGAGCAGAGAGAGAGAGAACAGACGUGGGGGUGCCGUGGGUGGGUGAGGAGGGGUGGCGAUAGUGAACUCGCAUGGGGCUCGUGAAGCCAUCAAACGCGGCCGGCGCUGGUCGGGCCCCGCCGGCGGCGCGCUGCCUGCCCCGGCUGCUGCUGCUGCUGCUGCCGCUCUGGGCUGCCUGCGCCGUGCUCGUCACCGCCUCGCCGCCGCCGCCUCCUCCUCCUCCUCCGCCGCCCUUCUCGCGCUUCCAGGGACACCGGCGCCCGUGCUACACGUGCCUCAAGGGCUACGCGCAGCACCGCGACCGCAACGGAGAGCUCGUCGAUCUGGACGAGUGCUCGGCGUACAACGGGGGCUGCCAGCACACCUGUAUCAACACUCCGGGCAGCUACCACUGCGAGUGCCACGCAGGGACUCGGCUGCACGCGGAUGGCAAGACAUGCGUCACGACGAACCUGUGCACCGUAAACAACGGGGGCUGCGAGCACGAGUGCGCCCAGCUCCCGUCGGGAUGGUACCAGUGCCGCUGCCCGCACGGCUAUCGGCUCAAGGACGAUGGCAAACGCUGCGAAGCGAUCGACCCGUGCACCAACAAGACCGGUGGCUGCUCACAGAAGUGCCACAACGAAGGCGGUUCGGUGCGGUGCGACUGCCGCGCGGGAUUCCAGCUGAACGCCGACGGGAGGACAUGCGACGAUCUGAACGAGUGCGCGCUGGGUUUGGCUCACUGCUCGCACGUUUGUCACAACACCCGCGGAUCCUUCGCCUGCUCCUGCUACCCCGGCUAUUCUCUGGGGCCCAGCAAGAAGCACUGCUAUCGCAUCGAGCUGGAGAUCAUCAGCGGCUGCGAGAGAAACAAUGGGGGCUGCUUCCAGCGGUGCGAGAACGCCCGCGGAGGCCCCCGGUGCCACUGCCUGCAGGGAUACGUCCUGGAGAGCGACGGCAAGACGUGCACAGAUGUGGACGAGUGCGUCGCCGACAGCUGCUGUAGCCAUUACUGCACAAACAAUCCCGGAGGGUACGAGUGUGGCUGCCGCGCAGGCUACAGGCUCGGCAUCGACGGCUGCGCGUGCGACGACGUGGACGAGUGCUUGGCUGAGAACGGCGGCUGUGAGCAGGAGUGCGUCAACAAGGCCGGAUCUCACGAGUGCGCCUGCCAGGGCGGCUUCAAGCUGACGGACGACCGCAAGCACUGCGUCCCCCUGGACAAUUCAUUUGGGCUCAGGCCAGAGGGGCAGCCUCCCGUGAAGAAGGGCCUGAUCUUCCGCCCUCCUCCUCCUCCACCUCAUCGUGCCGAGGCCUCGCGUGCCAACUUGUCGCUGCUGCUGCUGUUGGAGGGGGAGCUGUCGGACGAGGAGCACCACGCUGGGCAGGACUGGGACGACUGGGACGGAGAUGGAGCCGACGGCGGCGACGCGCCAGCAGCGGCGGCGGACGAGAGGGCUGAGCACACGGCUCUUCACAAAACACUCUGCCUGGGCGGCUCGUUCGGCGCCGACUGCUCGCUGUCGUGCGCCGACUGCACCAACGGCGCCGCGUGCACGGACGGGGCCCAAGGGUGCGACUGCCCGGCGGGGUGGACCGGGCUCCUCUGCAACGAGACAUGUCCCCAAGGCUUCUACGGGAAGAGCUGCAACAGCCCGUGCGAGUGUCGGAACGGAGGAGUGUGCGACGCCAUCACCGGAAGAUGCCACUGUCCACCCGGGGUGAUGGGGGAUCGCUGCGAGGACGGCUGCCCCAAGGGAUUCUAUGGAAGGACUUGCAACCGCAGGUGCAACUGUGGCAACAACGGGCGCUGCCACCGCACGUACGGCGCGUGUCUGUGCGACCCGGGGCUGUACGGCCGCUUCUGCCACCUGGUCUGCCCCCGCUGGGCGUUCGGGCCGGGCUGCUCGGAGGAGUGCCAAUGCGUGCGCGAAAACAGCCUCUACUGUGACGCCAAGCUCGGCAGCUGUACCUGCCUACCGGGACACCACGGCAAGGCGUGCCAGCACGGGUGCGAGCCGGGCUACUUCGGCGCUGGCUGCAGGCAGAAGUGCAACUGCCCUGCGGGCGUGCCCUGCGACUCGGCGAGCGGCGCUUGCAGGCGCCAGUGCCCCGCGGGCUUCCACGGCGCCAGCUGCCAGGAGGAGUGCGAUGUGGGCCAAUACGGAGCGAACUGCCGCUGGGAGUGCGACUGCGGCGGGGCGCCCUGCGAUAGCCGCACGGGACUCUGCAGCUGCCCUGCCGGACGCACGGGAACGUCGUGCGAGAAGGAUUGUGUGGAUGGCCUCUGGGGAGUUGGCUGCAAGGGCAUCUGCCCCGGGUGUCAAAACAACGGCGCGUGCAACAAAACAACGGGGAGGUGCGCCUGUCUGCCCGGGUUCUCGGGGGCCUCCUGCCAGACCCCGUGCGCUCACGGCUUCCACGGGGCGGGAUGCCUGCAGCGCUGCUCCUGCCAGAACGGCGCGGCGUGCGAGCCCUCGACGGGACGCUGCGUCUGCGCCGCCGGCUGGACUGGACAAGACUGUAGCACGCUGUGCGAGUCUGGCCGCUGGGGGCUCGCGUGCAAGAACCCGUGCCACUGCAGCAACGGCACGGGGAGUUGCGAUCCCAUCACGGGGCUGUGCACCUGCGAGCCCGGCUACACGGGGACACACUGCGAUCAGCGGUGCCCAGCCGGGAUGUAUGGCGAAGGCUGCCAGUCCAAGUGCCGGUGCCAGAACGGCGCCGGCUGCGACCACGUCAGCGGCGCCUGCACCUGCGCUGCGGGCUUCAUGGGGACUCACUGUGCCCGCACUUGCCCCGAUGGAUUUCACGGCAUGGACUGCAACCAAUCCUGCCUGUGCCACAAUGGAGCGCGCUGCGAUCACGUGACAGGCCUAUGCCAUUGCCCUGCGGGUUGGAUCGGUCCCAGCUGCAACCAGAGAUGCCCCGAGGGCCGGCACGGCAAGGGCUGUGGCCUCGCGUGCCGCUGCCUCAAUGGCGCUGCCUGUGACGUCACAACGGGGCGGUGCGCCUGCACCCCGGGCUGGGCCGGGGUGCACUGCCAGGAAGUUUGUCCCGCCGGGCGGUUUGGGCCUGGCUGCGUGCACAAGUGCUCGUGCCAGAACUCCGGGCGCUGCGAUCCUGUCACGGGCGCCUGCUCGUGCCCCCGCGGAUGGACCGGCCUCUCCUGUGAAACGGAGUGCGAGGAGGGGAGGUUCGGCGAGGGCUGCCGGCGGCCGUGCAAGUGCGCCAACCGGGGCUCGUGCGACCGGCUCUCGGGGCAGUGCGUCUGCCCGGCGGGUUGGACGGGGCCCACGUGCGAGGAGACGUGCCCCGCGGGACAGCACGGCCUCCGCUGUGGGAGCCGCUGUGACUGCGAGAACGGCGCUUCGUGCCACGCCGAAACCGGAGCCUGCCGCUGCCACCCGGGCUGGCGCGGCAAGCGCUGCGACAAGCCCUGUCUGCCGGGCCAGUUUGGAGCGGAGUGUGCGCAGCGGUGCACCUGCAGGCAAGGAGCUCCCUGCAACCACCUGACGGGGGAGUGCGGCUGUCCCCCGGGCUUCACCGGCAACGGCUGUGAGCUGACCUGCCUGCCUGGCACCUUUGGGCCGGACUGCAAGUGGGUUUGCCAGUGCCAGGCGCCCACACAGCAGUGUCACCCGGUCACGGGGCAGUGCCACUGUCUGCCCGGCCACCAUGGACAGCGCUGCCACCUCGCCUGCCCCGCUGGCCGCUACGGCUCGGGCUGCAGGCAAACGUGCAAGUGCGCCAACGGGGGAAGCUGUGACACCACGUCGGGCUUUUGCGAUUGCCAGCCGGGGUUCACCGGAGCCAACUGCAGCUUGCCUUGCCCGGCCGGCCGCUACGGCAAGGACUGCGCGCUGGCGUGCGCGUGCGGAGGGGGCGGACAGUGCGACCGCGUCACGGGGAGCUGCAGCUGCCCGCCCGGGCUGGCGGGGCCCAACUGCGGUGAAGACUGCCCCGGCGGACGGUUCGGCGCGAGGUGCGGCGGCCGGUGCCAGUGCAAGAACUCGGGCUUCUGCGACGCGCGCAACGGCACCUGCGCGUGCGGCCUGGGCUGGACGGGCGUGCACUGCGAGAGAGAGUGUCCGGCGGGCAAGUAUGGGGUCGGCUGCCGGCAGGACUGCCUCUGUGAGCACAACGGCACGUGCGACUCUGUGUCGGGGGCUUGUCGCUGCACGGACGGAUACUACGGCCCGCGUUGCGAGCACGCCUGCCCGCCAGGAUUCUACGGGCUGAACUGCCAGCGCGCGUGCCACUGCAGAAAUGGGGCAAACUGUGAUCCCGCUUCGGGGCAUUGCCUCUGCCCUCCCGGCUUUCAUGGAGAGCGCUGCCAGAAAGGCUGUGAUGCAGGGAGGUUCGGGGCCGGGUGCCGUGCCCGCUGCAACUGCCAGGGCGGCGUUCCCUGCCACCCCACCACGGGGGAGUGCCUGUGUCCCCCGGGCAAGACUGGAGCGCAGUGCGACGCUAGCUGCCCGGCAGGAAGCUACGGCGUGGGCUGCUCCCUGGACUGCGCCUGCGGCAAUCGGGGCCGAUGCAGCCCCGUCAACGGGAAGUGCACCUGCCUCUUCGGUUGGGUGGGCCCCACGUGCCGCGAAGAAGGACCUCCUCAACUCCCCUCCCAGGCGUCGGCCGCGCUGCCUCCCCGGAGCUAGCCGCCAGGCGCGGGCAAGUGCGGCCGUAAUCGGAGGAACACGGGUGUCCGACGGAGGGGGGAGGGUGUCUUCGUCGAAUGCGUGGCUCUUGGCCGACGGUGCAGACCGCGCGUCCCGCACACACCUGCCUAAAGUGCCGCCUCCUCACGAAGAUCGGGCGAACCCACGUACAUCCGCAAUCCUCUCGCUAAAGGCCGAUUUUGCCCAAGAACGUGGAUUCAAUCUCCCUACCACCCCAUAGUACUGUGGGAAAUCGUUGAUGAUUUCUUUUUUUAACCCAGGAAAGCCCCCACUGAGUCUCAAGACGUUUUUAAUCAGGAGGGUCCUUAUAUGUCUCGCUGUAAGGGGGGGGGGGGGG